UACUAAAACACAUAUUUGUUGUUUAAAAUAAAUGUACAAAGUCUGUUAAAAUUAUAAAGUUUAAAAUUUUAUGCUGCCUUUCUAUUACAGUGUGUUUCUGUCAUCUUUCAUGAUUGUUUAUUUUCAGCUGGUGUAGGGUGCUAAUAUAAUAUGUCCGCGCAAUUUUUUCAAAAGCUUCUAAACCCUGUAUCUGCAUCCAAAGCUGCUCCGUUAGAUGGUGAGAUUCUCUACAGUCGUAACAGUGUGUGUAUACACCCACCAAGUCUCCUUUCAAAUGCAAUUCUGCACCAUACUGGAUACCUGACUAUCACAGCAAAAGUAGAACCAAAUUCAACAGCCUUGCUGCUAAACUGGAGUCCUAACAGCAAAACCGAAAAUGACAAUAUAAAAUCCAAGCCAGACAAUUUGCCGAGUAAAGAACAGAAUGAAGAAAAUGAAGUCAAAUAUGAAGAUGCUGAAGAACUAGAAACCAAGGCAAUUAUCAAUGGUUUAGAUGAAAAUAUCGAUGUUUCAGAGCCUUGUAUAGAACCAGAUGAUAACAGCGCUGACUUGAAUAAAUCUCCCCAAGCAAUUCAUAAUUUUCAAUUUCCAGAAAAUUCUAUAAGAUAUAAAAAUGGCUCCCCCUCCUAUAACCAAGGCCACGUCAUCAGACCACCAAAAAACCAAGCAUUUGGCUCAUUUCAUGUAAACCUUGCAGAAAUGAGGUCGAUGAGGGUGUUUUUCCGGAACGACUCUUGUACUUGUGGAGAGUUGAUCAUUGCAAGCCAGGAAUCUCAAUACAAAGUUCUUCAUUUCCACAUGGGUGGACUUGACUGCGUUGCUACAGUUCUACUUGAGUGGAAAGCUUUAGUAAAACGAAGCAAGAACAGCUCAAAUACUGCUUUAGGAAUCCACCAUUUUUCUAUAGUGAAGCCACUACUUCAUCCAAACCAGAGGCAUCCAGAAGAAGGGUUGUAUAAAGGUCUAACAACAGAUACAUGGAACUUGCUCAGUGAUGAAUACGGUCGUAUUCAGAAUGAAGAAAAGAUUCAAAAAGCUGUCUUUUUCGGGGGCGUUGAAAAAGAGCUUAGACACCAAGUUUGGCCAUUUUUACUCAAGUAUUAUAAACUUGAUUCAACUGUAGUUGAACGAGAUGAAUACAGGAUAAAAAAGAUGAAUAAAUAUAAAAAUAUAAAUGAAGCCGGACUUCAUAUUAUGGAGAAAACCAAUGGAAAGGAAUUGGAUUUCUGGAAAAAUGUUGCUUGUUCUGUUGAAAAAGAUGUUCUGCGCACAGAUAGAGCAAAUCCGUAUUAUCAAGGAGAAGGAAACCCAAAUUUAGACGUUUUGCAAAGAAUACUGUUCAAUUACUCAGUUUAUUCAAAGACAGGAUACACACAAGGAAUGUCAGAUCUUCUAUCUCCACUUCUGAUAGAACUGGCAAAUGAGAGUGAUACCUUCUGGUGUUUUGUUGGUUUGAUGCAAAGAACCAUAUUUAUCAGCUCACCCUCUGACCAGGACAUGGAGAAACAGCUUCUUUACCUUCGUGAGAUGCUGCGCUUGAUGCUGCCACAGUUUUAUAGCCACCUUAUCACAUGCGGCCCAGGGUCUAUGGAGCUACUGUUUACGCAUAGAUGGAUUUUGCUUUGUUUUAAAAGGGAGUUCACAGAAGAUGAAGCUUUGCUUGUAUGGGAAGCAUGCUGGGCUCAUUACCAGACCAACUAUUUCCAUCUCUUUGUUAGUGUGGCUAUAAUAUCUUUAUACGGCACAGACGUGUAUGAAAACAAACUUGCAUCCGAUGAAAUGUUGUUGCAUUUCUCGCACCUUGCCAUGCAAAUGAAUGGCCAACUAGUACUGAAGAAGGCAAGGGGUUUACUGCAUAACUUCAGAAUGAGGAAGCACCUGCCGUGUACUUUACGUGACAUUUGUUGCUUGCCGUCCACAUAUGCAGAGGAGGCGGCAAGCCAACCAAAGUUCCGAUGUGCGGGUUCAAAUGAGUGCGAGGAUGGUUGUGUAUAUGGUGGCAUAGAUGAUGCAAUGAAUGAACCAAGGUUUAAUAUUCCUAAGUUUUUCAAGCAACAAGUUAAAACCCUGGAAGAGCAGUUCAAAAUAUAAGGAACUAGUCUACCAGAGAAACAGAAAACUGAUUAUCAUAAGUCAACCCAUUUAGGGCAGAUGUCAGCAUAAGAACAUAAUCUGCUUUUCCUAGUUUAAAUGCAUACUUUACUACUUGUUACAUCACAAUGCCAAUAAUCCCAUGUCAGUGAUGUCACAUAGAAUUAGGUAGAUAAUGUUAUACAAUGCAAUUACACGCUAGUGCAAUGUAGUGUGCUUACAAAGUUUUUUUCCCUUUAUAUGUGCUUGGUGCAAGCUUUGAUGCACUUACCUCAUACUUCAUGCAAUUUAUUGAUUCAACAAGACUCAACAAUUUAUAUAUAUGAUAAUGUAGUCGAUUAAAUGCCCAUUCCAUGUAUUUCUGUAUCUAAAAUGAACACAAAUUUUAAGGAAAUAUCCAGCAUAAAUAAGACUUUCGCUUAACUUUCCCAAAUUCUACACAAUAUAUCCAUAGAUUUUCUUAUACAUUGUAUAUGAAAAACCACAUUGCCCAAUGAAGCCCACUCAAAAUCAAGCAAAACUUUUUACACUGUGUUGUUAUUACUAAACCUGCAAUUACUAAUUCAUAAUGAAAUAAUUGUUAUUUUUUUGCAUGAUAUAUAUCAAAACGUUGUAAAUUUUAAGAAAAUAAUUUAAAUAAAGUGAAUAUUAUUAUAUUCCACUCAUUCAUUUUGCACAAAAACAGCAACAAGUUUUUAUAAAAUAAAAAGUGUAACCCAUUUUUAUAUUCUGGUGUAUUUUAUGUUUUUUGUUUACCUAGUCAUUUUUCACCAUAGACUAAGCAAAAAGAGAAUAGAUAUAAAUAAUAAACAUAUAAUUAGAAAUUUAUUUCCAUGUAUAUAUAUAUAAAUAUAUAAUAUGUCAUUGUAAUUUGUUUUGUAUAAUUUUGUUUUCCAUUUUUGUUUCUAACUUCUCUCACAAAAGCAAGUGUUUUAUUUCUUACUGCUUUUUCUCUAAACCUCCUGUCACAUUCUUAUGUAUGCUCGUUUUCUGUAUGAAGCAAUCACCAUUUUAUAUUUUGCGUUUGCACCAACAUUUAUAAAAUCUACAAUCACAACAGUUAUGGCUGACAACACUUUAAAAUAUUAUAAAGUUUUUAAGCGCAAGUUUUAUAGACAAAUGUUCUUGUUUGUAAUGCUUAUCACAAUCAACUUUUUAUUGGUACGAUAAAUCAAAAAUUAAAUCACUAAAAUUUUAUUGCAUCCUAUUUUGAUGUUUUGGAUGCAGUAUGUAAAUUGCACACAUAAUAUCAAGCCUUUGCCAAUCAUUUAUUAUGACAUGGGAUAGUAACACAAGUUAUAACCCAUUUAAUUGGUGUUUGUUUAAUCAUUGCCUUGCCACUGUAGUGAUAAAUGUAGAUUUAUUUCUGUUAGCUAACAACAUUCUCUCACUAGCAUUUGCUUUUUUCUAACUGUUUGUA